AUGGCUGCCAUCGUUACUUUCACAAAGCUUCUCCAGCUGGCUGUCAGCAUAGGCUCAUAUCAUCAUCCUCCGAUCCCAGAGGACAAGACUACGCCCUUUCAACAGCGUCUGUCCAUCCACAGCCCCACUGGUAAGCCCAAAGAGAAAGAACCCCUCCAGCUGACCGACUGGGUAAAAACAGCUUUGCUAACAACUACUUUUCCUUCCACAGAGGUUUCCGUGGGCUGGAACACAUACGGGUCAAUAGACCACGCCUGUGUGGAAUAUGGGAAGUCCGAGCACGACCUGUCUUCCAAGGCCUGUGCCUCGUCCAAGUCCACCACAUACCCGACGUCGCGAACGCACUCCAACACCGUGACAUUAACCGAUCUUCACCCGGCAACCACCUACUAUUACAAGAUCGUCUCGGACAACUCGAGCGUCGAUCACUUCCUUAGCCCCCGGACCCCGGGCGACGACACACCCUUCAACAUCAGCGUCGUCGUCGACCUGGGCGUCUACGGCGGGGAUGGGUACACGCACUCGGAGAAAGAUAAGGACAAGCGCGACACGCGACCAAACGUCAACCCAGCCCUCGACCACGCGACCAUCGGGCGCCUUGCCGAUACAGUCGACGACUACGAGCUCGUCAUCCAUCCGGGCGACUUCGCCUACGCCGACGACUGGGCGCGCAAAUACCACAACAAGGGCCACGGCAAGGACGCGUACCAGGGGAUCCUGGAGCAGUUCUACGGCCAGCUGGCGCCGAUCGCGGGCCGCAAACCCUACAUGACCAGCCCGGGCAACCACGAAGCCGCAUGCAAGCAAGUCAAGCACGCGCCAAAGCUCUGCCCAGAGGGCCAGAGCAACUUCACCGACUUCAUGCACCGGUUCAGCGAGACGAUGCCGCGGGCCUUCGACUCCGCCUCGUCCAGCAAAACCGCACAAGAACACGCGCGUAAGGCGCGCGACCUCUCACAACCCCCGUUCUGGUACUCGUUCGAGUACGGCAUGGCGCACAUUGUCAUGAUCAACACAGAAACAGACUUCACCGACGCCCCGGACGGCACGGACGGCAACGCCAAGCUAGACGGCGGCCCGUUCGGGGCGCCGCACCAGCAGCUCGAUUUCCUGGCCGCCGACCUGGCCAGCGUCGACCGCCGCGUCACGCCUUGGCUGAUCGUCGCCGGCCACCGACCAUGGUACACCACGGGCAAGGGCAAGUCGUGCAAGCCGUGCCAGAAGGCGUUUGAGAAGCUGUUCCACACGUACGGCGUCGAUCUGGCUGUCUUUGGGCACGUCCAUAACUCGCAGCGCUUCUUCCCUGUCUAUGAUGGCAAGGCGGAUCCCAAGGGCAUGCAUAACCCUACCGACCCCAUGUAUAUUAUUUCAGGGGGUACGGGCAAUAUCGAGGGUCUGGAUCCUGUUCACCCUCAACCAUCCUAUACGGCUUGGGCCUAUGCCGAUGACCAGAGCUACAGUACCCUCAACUUUCUCGAUAAGCAUCGCUUGGAGAUUACGUUUGUUCAGUCGGCGACUGGCAAGGUUUUGGAUUCGAGUGUUUUGCACAAGGAUCAUUCCACUUCCUUUGUCAAGAAUUCAUGA